UUUUAGAUCAUGGCUGGUAACUUCUGGCAAAGUUCUCACUACCAACAGUGGGUUUUGGACAAGCAGGACCUUAUCCGAGAACGUAAUCAUGAUUUAAAUAUAUUGACUGAGGAGGAAUACCAGAAAAUAUUUAUCUUUUUCUCCAACUUUAUUCAGAUCCUAGGCGAACAGCUGAAACUGAGGCAGCAAGUCAUAGCAACUGCUACUGUGUAUUUCAAGCGAUUCUACGCCCGAAACUCAUUAAAAUGCAUCGAUCCUCUACUUCUGGCUCCAACAUGUGUCUUUUUAGCCUCCAAAGUUGAAGAGUUUGGAGUCAUCUCCAACAGCCGUUUGAUAACCACUUGUCAAACUGUUGUCAAAAACAAAUUCAACUACGCUUACUCACAGGAAUUCCCAUAUCGGACAAACCACAUUCUGGAGUGUGAGUUUUACUUGUUGGAGAACCUUGAUUGCUGCCUCAUAGUCUACCAGCCGUACCGGCCUCUGCUACAACUUAUCCAGGACAUUGGUCACGAAGAACAGCUGUUGGCCCUGGCCUGGCGAGUCAUCAAUGACUCUCUACGUACUGACGUCUGUCUGCUCUACCCUCCCUACCAGAUAGCCAUAGGUUGUCUUCAAAUCGCUUGUGUCAUUCUUCAGAAAGACUUGAAGUCUUGGUUUGCUGAACUGAAUGUUGACAUUGAGAAGAUCCAAGAGAUUGCAAAAUAUGUGAUUAACUUGUUUGAGUUGUGGAAAACCUAUGACGAGAAGAAGGACAUACAAGCCUUACUAGCAAAAAUGCCUAAACCAAAAACUCAGCCAAGCAGAUAGGAUUCAGUGAAUGACUAAGUUCUAUGAGCUUAGUGGACAUUUUACAGAAUAAACUACGAUCUGUAUCUAAUUCUGAUUUAAUUUGUCUUCCUAUUUUUAUACGUUGCUUUAAAGUAUUCUCGAUUAUCUGCUCUUCGAUUAACCAACCUUCCAACAUGGAAGGUUUGCUCGAAUAUCAUGAAAUUUUGUGCAAUUUCUUUGUAGCAUGACUUGGGUAUGUUGGUACAGUAGGCCUACAACCGCUUUUGCUACCCAUGUCUGUACUUGUAAGAUAUUUAUCAGGCUUAAGCCACCUGCACUUGACUGGACUUUCUGAAUGUUUUAGUGUGCAGCUUACACGAUGCAUUUGAGUCCUCUUAUUUACUGUGUGAAUGAAGAGCUCUGGCUAAGUGAAGUUUUAUGCACAAUAAGCUUCGGUUGACGUGCUUGGACCAUGAGUCCACCCUCUUACAAUCAAGUGAAGAUUGCUGCUGUAUCUUGAAUUUUACAGUUACAUUAGUGGUACUUUACUUGUCAAUAUUUUUUUUUGUGAUGAAAGACCAACCUUAUUUGACAUGGAUAUUUCAUUAAUUUAAUGAUUUGUUCGCAAUAAAAAAAUAUCUCUGUUAACGGACUCAGAUGCAAUGCUUAUCUGACCUUACCGCAGCCAGUUUAGGUAGGAUAAUCGAGAUUUUACUGAAUUCAAAACUCAAACAUGUUAACAGAUUAUUGACAUAGGCUACUCAAAUGUGUAGUUUUUUUUAUGUAGUAAAGCUUUGCUAGUUGACUUGAUUUUGUAUCAAUGACGAAUAAAAGU